AUGAGUUGCUCGAGGAAUCUCUCAGGCUUGUCGAUCUUUUGUGGAUUUUCUAGAGAUCUGGUGUGGUCGACCAAGGAAUUCAUUGAGGCUCUUGAAUCCUCCAUCAGGAGAAAUAGAGGUGAAACAGCGAUGAAUGAUCGAAUCAAUACUUAUGUGGCCUCAAGAAAGAAGAUGAAUAAGAUGGUCAACAAAUGCAUCAAGAAUUUGAAGAGCUUCAACCAAAGUUCUACAGCACUCCCAACCAUUGGGAUGAUGCUCAAAGAAACAGUCCCUCAAUUUCUCGGCCCUAAUAUCUCUGUUGAUACUCUUGGCAGGGAAAAGGAAGGAUCAAAGCAAAGAAAUUGGUCAUUUCUUUCCAAGUUCGUUCAGACCAAACGAGUACAUUAUGAGAUAGAACAAGAAAAUGGUGCUGAGGACUUGUUUUCCUUGAACAUGCACAAGUCAAGCAAAGGCAUACACGAGAUCACAUUGAAGCAACUGAAAGCAACAGAAAUGACCAUCCAGGAACUUGAAGAUGGAUUAGAAGCCUUGUUCAGGAGUUUAGUCGAAACUAGAGUUUCUCUUCUUAAUGUUCUCAGCCAUUAG